AUGAUUUCACUUCUGCUAACCCUUGUGGUUUACAACAUAGCUUCUGGCUUCACAAAAGUCAUGGAAGUGACCCAGCCAGCAUUCAUGGUGGUAAAGAGACCAGAGGCCGCCCACUUUGAGUGUAAAAUCAAGAACAUUGGCAAUGCUGAAGAUCUAAAAGUAACUUUACUUAAAGCAGAAGACAAUGAGUCAACUGAGAUCUGUGCCUCAGCCUUUACUAGGACUGGGAUCACAUUAGGCAGCAAGAAGGAAAACCACAGAUGCCAAGUUUAUCCUGGUCCUGACUGGGUAAAUGUAACACUUUUGGGUGUACAGUCAAGUGAUGCUGGUUUGUAUAUUUGCCAGAUUGAACGGAUAUCCCCUCCACCCUACUAUCCAGUCGAAGGAAAGGGGACCCAGCUCCUUGUCAUUGAUGUAGAUUCGUGCCCAGAUAAACAUCUCUAUCUUUGGAUCUUAGUACCAGUAGUUUCUGGGUUGCUUGGAUACAGCAUUUUAAUCACAAUCUUCAUUAUGGUGGACAUGGUAAGUAUCAUAAUACAACACUCCACAUGGGAAGCAAAUCAAGAAGAUUUAUUACUCUAA